CGGCGUCCUCGCUCCCGGUGUGUCGCUCCGAGUGCGCCCGAAUAGCCGAGGACGUCCCCGGCACCGGAAGUGACCCUGGCGGGUUUGUCUUCAAAUUCUCGGCGAGCAGAAGCGGCGCCGGCAGGUGGUGACGAUUGAACUGGGCAGUACUGGGGCCGUGAGCAGAGAGCAAGGUGGCCUGGACUGGGCCAGGCCCUCCUUCCUCGCUGCCGGGACCUCCAUUCGGCCAAUCUCCUGUGCCUGGCGUUGGGCAGUUCCCCGAGGAGCUUGGGCCGCCGCAGACUAGGUGUCUCUAUAGGGCAUGGAUGGCUUCAGGGCAGAAGUAAUCACGCAAGAAUCAAGCUGUAAUCCCAGCUUGGAAGGGAUAAGCUGAGGAUCAAGGAAUGUGAACAUGCUGAGGGUCAGGAACUGGACAAGCUUACAACUGAACAUGAGUCUUCUUAUGAUUAGUGAGAAUGUCAAAUUGGCUCGUGAAUAUGCAUUGCUGGGAAACUAUGACUCUGCAAUGGUCUAUUAUCAGGGAGUUCUUGACCAAAUGAACAAGUAUCUGUACUCAGUCAAAGAUACAUAUCUCCAGCAGAAAUGGCAACAGGUUUGGCAGGAAAUAAAUGUGGAAGCUAAACAUGUUAAAGAUAUCAUGAAAACACUAGAGAGCUUUAAACUAGACAGCGCCCCCUUGAAAGCAGCACAGCAUGAAUUUCCAGCUUCUGAGGGAGAAGUCUGGUCCAUGCCUGUACCUGUUGAACGAAGACCCUCACCAGGACCUAGAAAACGACAAUCUUCUCAGUACAGUGACCCUAAAUCACAUGGUAAUCGUCCAAGUACAUCUGUCAGAGUUCAUCGUUCAUCUGCACAGAAUCUUCACAAUGACAGAGGGAAAGCUGUUCGUUGUCGUGAAAAGAAAGAACAGAAUAAAGGAAGAGAGGAAAAGAACAAAUCACCUGCUGCAGUAACAGAACCAGAGACAAAUAAAUUUGAUAGUACCGGAUAUGAUAAAGACUUAGUAGAAGCUUUGGAAAGAGAUAUAAUUUCCCAGAAUCCCAAUGUUCGAUGGGAUGAUAUCGCUGAUUUAGUAGAAGCUAAAAAGUUGCUUAAGGAAGCCGUAGUAUUACCAAUGUGGAUGCCUGAAUUCUUUAAGGGCAUUAGGAGACCGUGGAAGGGAGUGCUGAUGGUUGGCCCACCCGGCACAGGGAAGACGCUCCUUGCUAAAGCAGUAGCUACAGAAUGCAAGACAACAUUCUUCAAUGUUUCUUCAUCAACUCUGACUUCCAAAUACAGAGGAGAGUCUGAGAAGCUUGUUCGUCUUCUGUUUGAAAUGGCUCGGUUUUAUUCUCCAGCCACCAUAUUUAUUGAUGAGAUAGACUCCAUUUGUAGUCGCCGAGGGACUUCUGAAGAACAUGAAGCAAGCAGAAGGGUGAAAGCAGAGCUGCUGGUUCAAAUGGAUGGUGUUGGAGGUGCUUCUGAAAAUGAUGACCCCUCCAAAAUGGUUAUGGUUCUGGCAGCUACUAAUUUUCCCUGGGAUAUAGAUGAGGCUUUAAGACGACGUCUUGAGAAACGAAUCUAUAUUCCUUUGCCAUCAGCAAAAGGCAGGGAGGAGCUUUUACGAAUAAGUCUACGUGAGCUGGAAUUGGCUGAUGAUGUUGACCUUGCAAGUAUAGCAGAAAACAUGGAAGGUUAUUCAGGUGCGGAUAUUACCAACGUGUGCAGGGAUGCGUCCUUGAUGGCAAUGAGAAGGCGCAUUGAAGGUUUGACUCCAGAGGAAAUCCGCAAUCUUUCCAAAGAAGAAAUGCACAUGCCUACAACCAUGGAGGAUUUCGAAAUGGCUUUAAAAAAGGUUUCUAAGUCAGUGUCUGCUGCAGAUAUUGAGAGAUACGAGAAGUGGAUAUUUGAGUUUGGAUCAUGCUAAAUUCUCACAUGUAAACUGUGAGAAAUGUGCCUUAUGUGUUUUAAUUACUAAUUAAAUGUAGUAAUUCAUUGCACUGAGUGCUAUAUUUUUUUAAACUUGCAUAAUGGUAAGAUUUUUUUAAACCCUUAUGAUUCUGAAUAAAGGCAAUAUUUUUAAGCUGAAAA